CAGGUUGUACAUCAGAUGUAUGAGAGUCCUCACCACAGCAGGAGACUUCAGCUCACAGCUCACAGCACCUUCACUCAGACUUGAUCUCCCCAUUUUUAGCUAAUUUUGAGGAAAAAAAAAACGUAAUUCCCUAACAGGAGCUAAAAUUUUACAGGUCGCAGGAACAUUUGGACCAGGCUUUGGGUUUUUUGUAUAUUUGUAUUUUUUUUAAGGACUUUUGAUUCACAUCGAAAAACUUUACAGACAGAGGGCCUUUCAACUCAAUUCAUACCGGAUGAUCUUCAGCCGAGGAGCAUAAAGGAGCUCUAUCAAAGCCUUGUGAAGAAACAUGAGCCUGCAGAUCCUCUGACCUCCACCUGCAAGCGCUCCGGAGCAGCAUGGGCACUUGGCCCAGUAAAGGCCGGAGUAGAAGAGCUCAACGUGCAGCCCUGCUGAGCCAGGACCAGCCCACUGAGCCCCAUACUAUAGAUAACGGCAGAUAUGUGGUGGUGGCUCUGUAUGACUAUCCGUCAGGAGGUCCCUCUGAGUACAAUAUCAGAGUUGGGGAAAGACUCAACGUGCUGUCUGAUGAGGGAGAGUGGUGGAAAGUGAGCUCUUCAUCUACAGGAAGAGAGAGCUACAUCCCCAGCAACUACACAGCAAAAGUCUACAACAGGUGGCAGUUUGUAGGCCUCGGCAGGCAAAAGUCAGAAGAACUGCUUCUCCUACCAUAUAACCAGGUUGGCUCCUUUCUCAUCAGAGAGAGUGAGACAGAAGAAGGAUGUCACACACUCUCAGUUCUUAAGAGUUCUAGGCUGGAGCGCCGCUCUGUUAAACACUACCGAAUCCACCGCAUCGAAAACGGCUGGCACUACAUUUCCCCCCGGCUCACCUUCCCCACUCUGGCUCAUCUCGUCGAGCACUACACGGAAGUGUCUGAAGGCUUGUGCUGUUUGCUGAGAGAACCCUGCUAUAUUCAAGGCUCCAAUAACGUUCCGGUGUUAAGCGGUCCUCCUCCUGUAGCAGUCAGGAAGCCCACUCUCAACUGGAAAGAUGUCAACAGGUCCAUGAUCUUCGGGCCUCAGAAGGAAGGUAUGGAAGAAUCACUGGUCAGUGAGGGCCUAAAGGAAGCCAUCAACUCCUACCUGUACAUGACCGAGGAGUGUGGGGAGUGUGGGGAAUGUAGUGGGAACUGGGACACGUGAGAUGACUGCAGGACUUACAGUCAGUAAGGAAAAAGAGAAUAUGCAGAGGACUGAGCUGAUGCACGAUACUGCUACUGCCAGUCCUUACAGCACCUGAAAGACAUCGACAAGCUGUGGAGUCGUGGAGCUAUGAAGCCUGAACAUGAAGACUCUGAGCUUAGCAUCUAAGCCAUGGCACUAGGCAAGUGAUCAUGGGGAAUGUACCAGUCUGACUAAAAAAAGACUGGACCAAACAAUGGACCAAACAAUGGCCCAACCAAUGGAGCCCUGCGAUCCUGCAAAGGCAUCAGUCUAUUCAGCGGCAUCAGUAAUUAUCUUUCAUCACUGUUCUUCCAGUGUGGGCGCUGGAGAUGUUCGCGUCACGCAUUUGUGUGUGGACUUUUUCCUUGGAGGCAUGAAGGAAAGAAAUCAGCAGAAAGAACGAGAGAAUCAGAAAGAGAGAGAACGAAAGAGUAGGCUUCGUAAGUGGGAGGGGGAAAGCAGCUGGUUUGGGCGAGUGCCUGUUUCCGCUUGCACACAUCUGGAGCUAAAACGCUCAUCACAGAGAUCAAAAACUAAAAAAAAGACUGAGAACUUCUUCAAAUGCAGCUUUUCUUAUUUCAAUAAAAAAAAUUUCACCAAAGAUUUGAUUCAUGUUGGAUUGAACGGACGAAUCUCAUUUGAUGCUUUGUAAGCUUUGUGAAUACAGAACUUUUGUAAAUCCUCUCUGUACUUUAUACAAAAAUAUAAAAUGUUAGUUCUGUUUUUAUGACACACUGUGCUGAUAAAAGUUGCUUGAAAGGGUGAAACCA